GACCACCCUCAUACAUACCUGAAACCUGCGCCCAAAGGCGACGGCCAUGUCGACGUGGACCCUGCAGUGCUCACCCGUUGCAACCCACGUACACCCUCGGCUGGCAACUAUUCACACGAAAAAGACACCCUCUUUCUGUACGAUAGGGAAGGAUCGUCUCGAAGCAGAUAAUCAUCGCACCGGAUCACUCACGCACGGAGCAUUUGGGCUAUGAAUGAAGACCCAACCUUUUCACCUCGAGGUUUUGGCUGUGUUGCUUUUAUCUGUGAUUCCAUGGCCGGGACCAAGUGUUUUUAAAAUAUCAUGCCCCCGCGACCGAGCGUCCGUGGUGAGAAGGAUAGUUCACAAGAGAUGGAUACCAAUACUGAAGAAGUAUCAAGUAGAAUUGCCUUUGGAAUGUCCGUUCCACGAGAGUCGGGAUAUUUUUCGUCCGCAACAAAAGGCGAAGCAUCAGCACAGGCCGUCGCAAUGGACCUGCGGCCUCUGCGGCAAGUCUUUUUACGCGGAGAAACAUCUAGAUGCUCACUUCGAUAACAGACACAAAAGCAAUGUUAAUACGGCGGAGGACGCGGUUUGCCUGGCAGAUUACUGCGAUAUCAUGCGCUGCGAUGUGCUCGGCAACCGCGACUUCGAGAAUUCGGUGGACGAGGAUGGCGGUCAUCUUAACACCGAUAUCCAGGUGUGGCGUGAGAACACCGAACAGCAGAAGCAGCAUCAUCAACGCAGCACUUCCGUCGUGCCGUGCGAGUCGCGGGGCCUCGCCAGGAUGUAUCCUGUGGACAAGUCGUGCGCCAUCGCCGGCGGCGGCGCGGUGACGAAUCUGCAGCGUUACUGCCGUCGCGACGAUCAGCACGACGACAACAGUGAUAUGCACAAUCACAGAGUAGCGAGAUCGUUCUAUCACAACGAGAUCGCUGAACCGGAUACGAAGAGCAACGCUUGCGAAGAGGAAGAGGACGAGGAGGACGAAGACGACGAGGAGGAUAACGACGAGAAUUUGGUGGAGGCGGCGUUGCCCGCCGUCGAGAAGAAACAGAGACGACGAGGAUUCCAUCUGAGAAAGCUCAAAUCCAGUUGCAAGCCGGAGGAGCUGCAGAAGCUGAAGACUCAGUGUGAAAUACUCGUGCGCGAUUGCAUCGCGGGACUGCUCGCCAAUCUAUCUGUUCGGGAUUUCCAAGAGAUCGAAGGAGAACUGAAUCGCGCGAUCUGCUGGUAUCUCAGCUGCGACAAAUACUGGGAAGACACGAAGAGGCCGCAGCGCCACACCCCCUGGUACCUGCUGACCAUCUUCAUGCUGUUGCUGUUCUCGUCGAUCUACGCGUGUUAUUACAUUAUUUGGGUCUGCUUCAACACCGCGGACGAAGACAAGCCGGACGGUGCCGGAAGCGUGGAUUACAACGGGAGCACAGAUCGCUCGAGUACUUCUCCGUUGCACGACCCGAGUGUUCACAGUGAGGGCAGAUUGGAGAGACGGAAGGGCGAUCACGGGGAUGAAAACCUGCCUCUCACGAGCGAUGACAUGCCCGAUCACUAUAUCUACGUCUCGUAUCCGCCCGAGCUAAAGCGGCGACUUCUGGAGAGUGAUUCUUCUGCUUACAGCUGCUACAACAGAACCACUCGUCUGUAAACGGACGAGCCGGUUCAGGAAAUACACACACAAAUGCGAUAACAAGAUUCUCGGGCUCAGCACAAAAGGAAGGCACUCGGAGCUGAAUACCCUCACUUUCUCAUUUUUCUCGUUAUCCUCGUGUUUUAUAUACCGAAUGUGAAUAAACUGCAUAGAUACGAAGUCAAUACAAUUACUCUCUCGUCUCGUUUCUCUAUCUGUUUAUAAAACCGUUUUUUUUUUCUCGGCGAAACGAUUGUGUGAAUUUUUGCCGACAGACAAGAUUCAAUGAGAUACACUUUUUUUUAGCAAAGAUGUAUGUUUAUGUAAAUGAUAUUAUCGCCUAUAAUGUGAUUGGACUUCGAUCUUUGAUUUUAUCUUUGAUUCGAUUUUUAUUCCUGACAAGCUAACAGAGUUAAAGCGUUUUGCGUGUAGAAGUUGGAUUUCAGAGUGUUU